AUGCAGAUACCAGCCGUCUGGGGAUUCUUUAUCCACCAAAUUUUUACACCAAUCUUUACCGUUGUGGGAAUCAUUGGGAAUUGCUUAUCGUUUAUUGUGAUGAAGUCUAAAACAUUACGACAUAAAUCCUACAGUCAUUAUUUAUGUGCAUUAGCAGUUUUUGAUAGUCUGGUACUAAUAGAGAGAGAAAUUCUAGUCACCAAUGAUUUGCUAAUGUAUUAUGGUAAACCAGGAGUAUUUGAAGGGUUCUCAGCGGCAGCUUGUAAGAUCUUCAACUUCACCGGAUGCGUGUGUUCCUUAAUGUCCUCUUGGAUUAUCGUUUGUAUGGCACAAGAACGUUUAUUGGUGGUUUACAUGCCGUUUAAGAAGCACGUAUUCACAACACAGCGUGGAGCUAUUCUGAUUAUACUGUCAUUGUUUAUCGUG